GCAGCAGCUCCGGCUCCUCCUGCGCCCGCCCGCCUGCCCGCCCUCCAUCCCUCCCUCCCUCCCUCCCGCACGGCAGCCGCGCUCGCCCAGCGGACGGGGUGUAAGGCAGCGACGUCGGCAGGAGCAUGGCCCGUACCAAGCAGACCGCCCGCAAGUCCACCGGUGGCAAGGCGCCCCGCAAGCAGCUCGCCACCAAAGCCGCCCGCAAGAGCGCGCCCUCCACUGGCGGGGUGAAGAAGCCGCACCGCUACAGGCCGGGUACCGUGGCUCUGCGUGAAAUCAGGCGCUAUCAAAAGUCCACCGAACUUUUGAUCCGCAAACUCCCCUUCCAGCGUCUGGUGCGUGAAAUUGCUCAGGACUUCAAGACAGAUCUGCGCUUCCAGAGCGCUGCCAUCGGUGCUUUGCAGGAGGCAAGUGAAGCCUACUUGGUUGGGCUGUUUGAAGACACCAACCUGUGUGCUAUCCAUGCCAAACGUGUCACAAUCAUGCCAAAAGAUAUCCAGCUAGCACGCCGCAUACGUGGGGAGCGUGCCUAAAGCCUCGCCACCAUGGGUCUGUCAUCCUCCAAGCAAAAUCUUCUUCCUGUUAUUGGUAGUAAUGAACGUUAGAUAUUUUUUCCAUGGGGUUAAAAGGUACCUUAAGUAUAUGGUUGCAAGUGGAAAAAUAGGGGACAGAAUUGGGUAUUGGCAAGUUUUCUUUCCAUUUUCAUUUGUGUGUGGAUUUUUAAUAUAAACAAGGGGGACGUAAAAGUAAACAAUGCGGUCAAAAAAAAAAUAAAAAAUGUGAAUCGUUGAAACUUGUUCACCAAAACAACUUUAUAAAAAAAAAUUAUAAAUAAACAUGUCAAAUUUUUCUGGACAAUGCCAGCAUUUGGAUUUUUUUAAACAAGUAAAUUUCUUAUCAAUGGCAACUAAAUGGUGUUUGUAGCAUUUUUAUCAUACAGUAGAUUCCAUCCAUUCACUAUACUUUUCUAACUGAGUUGUCCUACAUGCAAGUACAUGUUUUUAAUGUUGUCUGUCUUCUGUGCUGUUCCUGUAAGUUUGCUAUUAAAAUACAUUAAAUGA